AUGGCUUUGGACCAAGUGCGUUGCACGUUGGCGAUGGGUAUUGUGCGGUACGUGGACGUGUACAGUCGUGGUUACGUUUCGGGCGGAAGGACAAUGCGUGUGCUGUGUGCGGAGAACGAGCUGCCGGAAGAGAUUCUGGACACGCGGCAUGAGUUGGCCCACGGAGGGUUGGUGAGUAUAGACACACUGAUCCUUGUUGCCCGCGCAUGUUUGGAGCACUGCUACAUCUGGUUUUGGCGACCUAUAGUGGCUAAAGUCAAUCCGGACGCCAUCCUCAACCAGAGUCUGGAAACCACGGUUCCGCAGACCACGGAGUUGAGUUUUGAUGGACUAUUCUACAAGGCGAUCCACCUCUGUCUCCAAUUGACCAACUUGACCCCGGAAGAGAAGGCAGAACGCAUCCAGCUACAAUCACAGGUUUGCCACAUGGCCCCAUUUCUGGACCCUAAAACGCUGUCUGGCUUGAUGUGCUGCGUCUUCCCCCUUCUCACGCCGGAAGUUACAUUGAGACGACAAGUUAUGGCCGCCGUCCUGCACAACACCGACUAUGACUCACGGAAUAAAAGAACCCCCGUCGCUGACCAGACUGGUGACCAAACUACUGAAUACAAGACCGAAAAUGGACAAGACGGGUCGACGAGCGGAUUGGCGGAUGGACCGACGAGCGGACAGCGCGGGGCGGGCAUGAGCAUCUUGGGUAACGUGUUCCGCCAGGCGUUGUUGGACGAAGAAGUUUUUGAAGAAGUAUGUAUCGUGGCAACGGACACGAGCGCAGGCGAAGAGUGUCCGGAGGGAGCGGUGUCCGCGUUCUUUGUGACGUUGUUGGGACACAUGCCAGUGACGGAUGCGGAGCGUGUUCACACGUUGGUGGAGGAGCUAUGUCUGAAUGUCCUGGAGGCGCGACCGUGUGCGGGUCAAUGUGUCUUGGCGCAAUGUUGUCAACGUCGCAAGUCACCCGAGAUACUCGAAGCUAAUAGCCUGGGCUGGCUUUGGACGCUACACUUUCACCCAGCUGUACUGCCGUCCCUACGACAACAAGCCCGAGACGGACUUACUCGAGCAAGGCCUGCCCUCGCCGUCCGAAUUGCAGGUGAAUACGCGCAAAUGGGUACCCAAAAGCGACUCUGA